UGGCUUAAAUAUUGACACUUGGAUAUUUUUCAAGCAAGACAUACCAAGCAACUGAUUUCUAAGAAGACACUCAUUUUCGGCAGAUUUCCUUCAUCAACUCCUCCAGGACUUAAAGAAGAAGAAAAGAUGGUAUCUGCUGGGUUUCAGAUGUUGGGCACAGCCCUGGGCAUCAUUGGCUGGAUCGGGGCCAUCGUGGUCUGUGCUCUUCCUCAAUGGAAGGUCACAGCCUUCAUCGGCGAGAACAUAAUCACAGCCCAAACCACUUGGCAAGGCAUCUGGAUGAACUGUGUGGUCCAGAGUACAGGUCAGAUGCAGUGUAAGGUAUACGACUCCAUGCUGGCACUACCCCAGGACCUCCAGGCCGCUCGUGCUCUCAUCAUCAUCUCUAUCAUGAUGGGCCUGGUGGGCAUCCUGCUCGCCGUGGCCGGGGGAAAGUGCACCAACUGCGUGGAAGAUGAGAGGGCCAAAUCCAGAAUAGGCGUGGGCUCGGGUGUAGUCUUCAUCAUCGCUGGCGUCCUGUGUCUCAUCCCUGUCUGCUGGUCGGCCAACACCAUCAUCAGGGACUUUUACAACCCCAUGCUGACCAGCUCUCGUUUGACAGUCAUCAUCGUGUGUGCCCUGCCUAUGUGGAAGGUCACAGCCUUCAUCGGAGCCAACAUUGUCACAGCACAAACCAUCUGGGAGGGAAUGUGGAUGACCUGUGUGGUGCAGAGCACGGGCCAGAUGCAGUGUAAGGUCUACGACUCCAUUCUGGCACUACCCCAGGACCUCCAGGCCGCCAGAGCCAUGAUCAUCAUCUCCAUCCUGACCGGUAUCGUCGGCAUCUGCCUGUCGAUCGCUGGAGGGAAAUGCACCAACUGCACAUCUGAUUCCUCCAAGAGUAAAGUGACGAUCCUUGGAGGCAUCCUGCUGCUCAUAUGUGCUGUUCUGGUUCUCUUCCCUGUUUGCUGGUCAGCGGCGUUCACUAUCUCAGACUUUAAUAACCCUCUGACCAUCGAGACCCAGAGGAGGGAGAUAGGAGCCUCCAUCUACAUCGGCUGGGGCUCCACAGCGCUGCUCCUCAUCGGGGGGUUCAUCCUCUGCACCUCCUGUCCGCCCCAGAAGAUGUAUGGGUACCCCAGCUAUUCUCAAGGAGCGCCCAUGUACCCCUAUCCAUGCCAACCAAUGGUCCAGGCAGGGCCCUAUGGGAGAGUUUACACCCCAACCAGCAGACCCUACUCAGGGACAGGGUCGUAUGCACCAACUUCAUUGAUUUUACAACAAAAACAAGAAGUCUUCCAAAUGGUGUCGAUGGGAAGUCAGAUGCUGGGCUUCGCCCUGGCUAUCAUCGGGUUCCUGGGGACCAUCAUUGUGUGUGCCCUGCCUAUGUGGAAAGUCACAGCUUUCAUCGGAGCCAACAUCGUGACUGCUCAGGUCAUCUGGGAGGGCCUGUGGAUGAACUGUGUAACCCAGAGCACGGGACAGAUGCAGUGCAAGAUCUACGACUCCCUUCUGGCCUUACCCCAGGACCUGCAGGCUGCCAGAGCUCUGAGCGUCAUUGCCAUCAUCGCGUCAUGCUUCGGCAUCCUCCUGGGAAUUGCUGGAGGAAAGUGCACCAACUUUGUGGAGGAUGAGGCUUCCAAAGCUAAAGUAGCCAUUGCCAGCGGGAUCAUUUUCAUAGUGGCUGGCGUCCUCAUCCUCGUCCCUGUCUGCUGGUCCGCCAACACCAUCGUCAGGGAUUUCUACAACCCCCUGCUGGUCGAGGCCCAGAGGAGGGAGCUGGGGGCCUCGCUAUACAUCGGCUGGGGCACCGCAGGGCUCCUGAUCCUGGGAGGGGGGCUCCUCUGCAGCUCCUGCCCACCCAAGGAGGAGCGUGACGACUACCCAGUGAAGUACUCACAGGCAAGAUCCACAGCUACCAGCAGAGCUUAUGUUUGAGCAGGAAACUGUUGCAAGAGAGACUAUAAAUUAUUUGAUUAUCUUUGGUAAUCCUCUGUGAUUUGAAAAUACCCUGCAAAUUACUGCCAUUUUCAAGUCUUGUUCUUCUGCAUUUUACAUUUUGAAAGUGAUGUGAAAUCAAAACAGAAUGAAUCUAUGAAAACAAAUGUACUGAGUACUUCAGGACUUUGCAAGAAAAAGACAAGACAGAACUCUUGCCCAUAAGAGAAGUAGUGCUACUGUAUAUGCUGCCUGUAGGGAUCAUCUCAUGAGUCAUGAGGUGAUGACUGAAGUGAAUUGAAGCCAUUCCCAUAACCCCAACUUCUCUUUUGCUUUAUAUGGACACUGUACCAGAAUGAUAAUAUUGAUAUUCAUGCAAGAACAUGGGCAAUAUGAUGUGAGAGUUAAACCAUAGGUACAGUAUAUAUGUAUGAUUCACUUGUCAUAACUUUGUACUGUAGAUCACAGUAUGUUUUGCAAACAUACAAUAUACGUUCAUUGAUUAUGUCUAAAGAACUUAUUCAAUUAUUUUUUUAAUAAAAAGU